AAAGGCAGAGGAGAAGAGUACAGCUAUGUGCCGCCCCCAGAGACUGAACGAGGAGUAUUUAACUCGAGAGCUGUGUGAGUUCAGAGCAUUCAUCUGCUCAGAAAUCAGCUCUGGUGAUCAACGUGGAGGAAAACUUCUAGGUACAAAUCAUCAGCUCUCUGCUCUGUUGUGCAGUGAUGUCUCAAAGGAAGAUGCUGCGAUUCUCAGCUGGAGUUCUGCUUCUUCUCCUGCCCUGGUUUGGUGGUCUGGUCUGUGGAAAGCUAGCGGGCAAAAACUUUUCAGAUUGCAAGAAGUUCUUUUAUAAGAAAACUCCACCAACAGGUUUCCCUGAUCCUAAUCAUCAUUUGCAGCCAAUAUGCCAGUUCUACAACAAAGACUUCCGCUUUGCCACCCUGUACAACCGUGCUAAUCGUGCACCACUGUACUCUGCGUACAUACUCAGGGGACAAGGUCAGCCACCCGGACGGGAAACCUGGUAUUAUGAACCACAGCUGGCAAAUUCAAAAGACAAACAAUACAUGAAACCCUUCCCAGUUGAUGACCAAAAUGUGAGGGAGAGCCAGGCAAUGGAUGAAGACUACACAGCGGCUCCCCUCCACACCAGGGGCCAUCUCAACGCCGCCGGACACCAGAAUACAGUGGACGAUGUAGAGGCCACCUUUACCUUGACAAACAUUGUUCCUCAGAGGCUAGGCUCCAAUAAUGUCGUCUGGGGUGGUCUGGAGAACGAGGUGUUGGGAAGACUCGCUCACUGCACAGGGGAGAUGUAUGUGAUCACUGGAGUCAUGCCUUAUGAGAAUGGACAACACAUGAUCAAUAACAGGGUGGUUGUUCCUGAGUACAUGUGGUCUGCCUACUGCUGCCCAUCAUACAAUCCCAACCUUCCUGAGCUUCAGAGGCAGUUUUUCCCCACACAUGCUGCAGUGGGAAGAAAUGACCCUGACAGUAACAAUGAAAUUGUGACAAAGGAUCCCAAUGCGCCGGAGAAUAGACGUGGUUAUGAUGUGAAGCAGAUGGAUUUGAAAGAGUUGGAGGGUAUCCUGCGUAAAAGGUUCAAUACAGAAAUCACACUGUUUGAAGGGCUGUGUAAGUAACAAGGAGUGACAAGCUUUAGCAGAAGUCAGUUGUUAACUUACCUGCUCAGAGUCUCUGUGUCUUAACCAGGCUUCUCAUGUGUCCAGUGCUUCACUGCUGAAUAAAUGUUUCAUUUAAAUAUCACACUGUCUCAUGAUGGUUUGAAAUGAAUAUUUGUGAUGAAUAUGAUCUUAUAAUCCUGAUCAGUGUCAUCUUGUAACAUGUUCACUAACCCCAUGAUUAUCCAAUAAAAAAUGUGUGAAGAGCA